ACAACUGAAUUUAGGGUGAUGGUGCUCUAUGUGCUCAAUUAUAUCACAUUUAUUAUUGCCCUGUUCGAGAAACUCGACAAGAUUCGUGGCGAUGAACUGGUGAAAAUUGUUUACGAGCGUCACAUGAGUGGACGGUCAAAACGGCUUCUCGCUGAUCAGCAGCGUUAUUCAGUGAAUCCUUCAGCAACUAUAAUAAAUCGAGAGUAA